GAAAUGAUUCCAGUUUAAGAAAAUUGUUUGCAUUACAUAUACUUGCGAAAAUGUGCCCAACAUGAGUGUAUUAUUUACUACUAUAUAUACUACAAUAUUACUCAAAAAACACUACUAUUUCAUAAUGUACGCAGAUAAUACAACUCUACGACUUGCUGAUUUCACAUUAUUUUCCCUCACAUGAAAUUUUCUUGCUGAUGUUAAGUACAAAAUGGCAUCACAGCAAUGCGAUGAUGACUGUUGUUCGUCGUCGUUCGUUGACUGUGUCGUACGUGCUCGUUCCGCUAAUCUAUUCAUUUUAAAAAUAUAAAAGUUUUAAUUAAAGAAACUCUAAUGAAAAUUAGCAACAACCAAUACACAAUCAAUAUUAAAUGAAUUGUAAUAAAUUUUUCUUGUUUAUGAAUUAUUAAAGAAAAUUUUUAGAAUUUUUUUUUUUCUUAAUAUAAGCACUACACAAAAAAUGGUCGACAAAAAAAAUUAACAAAAGAAAAAAGUUUAUCUACAUUUAAUGCAACUAAUUAGAGUAAAUCACAAUAUUUUACAAGAAAUUUUAUUUUUUUUAUUAAUUAUUUUACACUCGUAUUAUUCAUAUUUGCGAAAUAAUUUUUAAACAAUCAUUUUCAAAAACGCAUUAAAAGAUUUUUUAUAAAGCAAAAAAAAAUUCACGGAAUAGUGGAAAAAAAUGUACUCGUACGUCGGACGGUUUUACUAGCGCCGCUGAAGUUAAACUGCUGCAACGCUCAGCAAACGGUACUCGGUAUAACUUUUGUGUGUGUUUUGUAGAGACAUGAACGAAAGAGUGCAAAACCUAUUUUAAUAUAACGUACGAGAGAAAGAGAAGCAGAUACAACUGCUUUUUACGUUUUGCGUUAUUUUUUUCAUAUAUUGAAUUCAGUUUGUGUUGAAAUUAAGUUAUUCUUGCUUUAAGUGGAAUUACGCUCUUUUGUUUUAUUUUCAACAUUUCACUCCCUGCCAUUGGUGAUAUUUAUUUUCUUUCUUUGCAAUAUAGUUAAUUAUGUUAAAUUAACUAAAAAUACAGUUAUAAGAUCGCUAUUGUUUUAACUAAAAAGUAAUUAGCGAUUUCGCAUUUUUCUUCUGAGGGCUUUUACAUUAUCGCUAAACAAAAACAUCAAACAGAACUUGACUUUGGAUUGAGCUGCAGCAACGUUUCGCCACGAGAAAUACGAAAAUUUAAAAGAAAGAGUGCCGGUGUAAAAUCUAAGGAAUUCGAUGAGACUGCGUUAUACGAGACAACAACAAUAUUAAUUUCUUAUAAAAUUAAGGAGUAAGGAGUAGAGACUUGAAUUUUCUAGUAUUUUGGAAUGAAUAUCAAAUCAAAGAUUUACAACAAUUAAAACAAAAAAACCCCAAAAGCCUUACUUAGUGUGUUAAAUUAUUUUAAAUCAAAAAUCCAUAAUAAAUAAUAAGAGAGCCUUGAAUUAAUUAUAAAAUAAUUAAUAGUAAAAAAAAAAUUUAAGAAAGAGAGAAACACUAAUGAUUAGAAAUUUGUUAUAAAUAUAAAAAUAAGUUAAGUGCAUAUCACAAAAACAAGGAAAUAUAUAUAGUGAUUAAUAAGCAACAAAGCAAUCAUACAAAAUAUUUUAUCAGCUAAUAACAUACCAUUGUAGAGUACGGAUAAAAGAACAUUAAGCAUCGAUCGUAUCGACAAAAUCAAUCAGAUGUACAUAAGCAAUAGCACCACUGGUAUGGCUGCCAUUUUACCACAGAAUAAGAAUUGCAUGAAAACUUUAACAAAUGGUGGAAGUAAUAUAAUUGUUGGCAAUGUAGUAGGCGCAGCAACACCAACAACUCAUAUUGGUGGAAAUACAACACUUGGUGGCGUAGCAACUCAAAUAACUUCAGCAGCAAGUGCAACACUUGGUGGCAAUAUAGUCUUGCAACAGCAACAACCAACGAUAUUACUAACGAAUGGUGCCACUUCUAGUGUGAUUAGUUAUCAACAAUAUCAACAACUGUUAGCUCAACAGCAGCAAGUGCAACAUCAGCAACAACAAGUCGUUAGUGUACCGCUUGGCAGUAUUGUUACAACGGGCAAUGGAGGUUUGACAGUGAUUUCUGGUAAUAAUUCGAAUGCUUCAACAACGCAUGGUGCUUUCAUUGUUGCAACUUCGACUGCUCCAACUGUUACAGCAAACCAUAAUCCAACAGUUAAUGUUAGCAGUUUCCAGCAGCAAUUUCAACAGCAGAUUAAACAAGAACAGCAGCAGCAACAACAACAACACUUACAGCUGCAACAACAGAAUAAUGUCAUUGCUACAACCAAUUUAAAUAAUAUUUUGCAACGGCAGCAAGUGCCAACCUCACGCCCUGCAAAUGUAGUUUUUGCUCAGAAUGCAGUGUCAACAGCAGCUCCUGUUUCCAUUUCAAAUGCCACAGGCACACGCUACUUUGCGCAAUUCGCCCCACAAACCGCCAACAAUAACACCGCCAACAACAACAACAAUAACAAUCGUACAACUCAUUUAUUGAUAAAUCGUAAUAAUAAUACAAUUAUUGCUGGUAAUACCACACAACGUUUGCAGCAUGCAACAAUUUUAAACAAACCACCGGUACAACGCGUUAUCAAUACAGCAACAUUGCAGUCAAUCAAACAACAACAAGUAAUUCUAAAGCAACAACCACAGCCCCAACAAGUGUCACUUGCAGUUAAAAGAAAUGCUAAACCAAUUGUACCUGCUGUAUCAGCAGUUAAGUUAGUAUCAGUGGCGGCAGGAGCAACAGCAGCAUCACCAGCAACUACCGCUGAUACCCCAACCGUUGCAACAACCAACACGCCAGCAACACCAAUAACUGCACUCACAAAUGGCCGAGUCAUUACUUCAGUACCAGUUUCAGCAAUUAAUCAUGACAAUGUUAUACGCAGAAAUUCGGUUAUUUCUAAUAGCUCUGUAGCACCAGUAACAUAUGCUAAUCAAAAUUCUUCUACCUUGACUUAUACUAAAUCGAUUGGUUCUACAACGGCUACAACAGGACCAACACCAAUACCAAGAUCAGUAGCAGCACCACCAUCCGCAUCCGCAUCCGCAUCUGCACCUGUACUAGCCUCAGCACCAGCCACAGCACCAGCACCAACUCCAAUUUCUACAUCAGUUGAUAGUGCCGCUGCUAACAUCAAGCGUGAAGACAUAAAACCUGGACAAGAAAAUACAGACACAGCAGCACAAACCUCUGCAGAACAAGAGGAGCCGGAGGUAGACAUUGUUAUUAACAAUGUUGUAUGUUCGUUCAGCGUUCGCUGUCAUUUAAAUUUACGCGAAAUAGCUUUACGUGGUUGUAAUGUAGAAUAUCGACGUGAAAACGGUAUGGUCACUAUGAAACUUCGCAAUCCAUACACAACAGCAUCUAUAUGGUCUUCUGGUCGCAUAACAUGUACUGGUGCUACUUCUGAAAUUCAGGCUAAUGUUGCUGCUCGCCGUUACGCUCGUUGCUUAGAAAAGCUUGGUUUCCGUGUACGUUUCUCUAAUUUUCGUGUUGUUAACGUACUGGGUACUUGCAGCAUGCCAUGGGCUAUUAAAAUCGUUAACUUCUCUGAAAAACACAAAAAGGAUGCCAAUUAUGAACCUGAAUUACAUCCUGGAGUUACCUAUAAGUUGCGUAAUCCAAAAGCAACCUUAAAAAUUUUCUCAACUGGGAGCAUUACAGUAACUGCUGCAAGUGUAGCCAACGUUCAAGCGGCCAUUGAGCACAUUUACCCACUAGUACAUGAAUUCCGUAAAAAACGUUCACCAGAAGAGCAAGAGCAACUACGUCUUAAACAAAUGAACCAACGUAGUCUUGAAAUUCCUGACAAUAAGCCGUUAGAAUCCCGUGUCUCUAAUAUGAAAGAAGCAAAAAAACGUGUUUCACAACCACCCAUCAGUGAUAUUGAUGUAUUAGCAUCAAAGAAAUUUAUUCUCGAGUCGGGGAUUGCUAUAGACAAAUGUGGUAAAAAUCCCAUUAAACGUUCACCAUCCGAGGAAUGUUUAGUGCUCUCAACUUUUGAUGAUUUAAUUGAAGGGCCGGAGGAUGAAGAAUAUGAAGACGACGAAGAGGAUGAUGAAAAUGAAGAUGAUGAUGUAGAUGAAGAUAUAAACUUUUAAAUUAUAAACAACAAAAUGAAAUGUUAAAAUUUAUUUAGUCAACACGAAUGCAACACUCCUUUUUUUUCUGUAAUCAAGUCAGAAAAUCAAUCUACACAUUAACAUUCUUUUAAGAACUAAAAAUAUGAAAUAUAUAUUAAAUUAAACUAUUCCACCUAAAUUAAGGUUUCCUUAUGUUCUUAAACAAAUAAAUAUAAAUUGAGUGUUUCAAUUCGGAAACUCUAGACAAUUAAACUGAACAUAUUAAUUCUUUUUAAAAACAUUAUCAAUCUACAUAUAAUGGUUUAGAGAGAAAUGAGCCAAAUAUUAACAAAUUAGUUCUAAGAUAUUUUUUAAACUGCUGUACACUUUUUCCAAUACGAAAAAAAAAACAAAAACAAGAAUCUAAAACCAAAACACAGCAGGAUAAAAUCGCAGCACAUCUUAAAUUAUUUAUUAUUAUUAUUUGUUGUGCUAUAAUUUUAAUUAUUAAUUAUUUUCAUUCACUGUAAUACUUUUUUCAUAACUUAUUUCUCUGUAUUUCGUAGCAAUUACUACUACUAUAUAUGAUAUGUAUAUAUUUCUUUAUUUAAACUGGUAUAACAUAAUUUCUAUUAAUUCAAAUCCUGAUAUUAAUUUCCACAUCGAUUUAAACAAAUAUAUGAAAAC